AUGCAGCAAUUUUGGUACAUAAAUGCAGAAUGCUAUGUUGAUAGACACAAACUGAAGCCAGAGAACCUUUGCUCUGUCAUUGUUUACCUUAGUGAGGUAUGUUCUCAUAGCAAAUUUCUGUUUCACCUUGAGUGUCAUAUUUCUCUCUGUAAACUAUUUAAGUGCAAUUUUCUAAAUGCACAGUGUUCAUAUCCUUUUCUACUAAAUAACUACUGCACUAAUACACAUUGGUUAUGCAAUUCCCGUCACAGGUUGAAAGAUUUUGUCCAUUACUGCCAUGGCGGCGGAAAAACGGUGCAAGCACCAAAGAACCCGAGGUUAGAGAAGAAUGAUUCCAUGUCUACAAGCAGCCAUGUAUUAUUUUGUUUAUCAUAUAAACACGUACAAUAGCCCUUCACUGACGAGAAAAAUCGACUCAAUAAACGAAUGAAAAUAAAAAUUCAAAAUAAAAAAAGAAACAAGAAAGAAUAAAAAAAUAAUAAAAACAAAAUUCUCAGUUACUUAUUUUGUCCACACCAAAAGAAGAAAUCUUUCAGGUACACAGCCAACAGCGGCCUGUGGCAAAUCUUCCAGAUAUCGAUUUUCGUUCUUAGCCGCGGAAAACGCCAUUACCAAAACCACUGAUUAGGUGACUUUCGGUUUUUCUUUUCGAAUUUUGGCUAUUCUUUCCCUACUAGAAAAGUUCGAACGUCACUUUCGGUGAGCGAUACGGGUUUUUUCAGUGCUGUAGUAGCCAUACUCCCUGGUUUCAUCAACCUGAACGAGAGCGUGAAAGGCGAAUGACGUGCAGCAGCUGAUUGGUGAUAUCAAGCACACGUGAAAAAAAGUAAUGUAAAGUCAGCGUAUAGAGAGGUAUGUUGCUCGCACCAAUCAGAUCGUUUAGGGUAUGUAUCUCGCACCAAUCAGAUCACCGCAUUAAGGUAUACAUCUCGCACCAAUCAUGCAGAGCGUCCUUUUGUUCUUUGGUUCCAGAGGUGUUCAAAUUUCAACGAAUUAAGAGGGUCUCCAAUAGGUUUUUGGGAUCCGGGAUUGGGCUUAUUUAAAGGCCGGGAUCCGGAAAUUUAAAUUAUGGAGAGAGCGUAAUGCGGGAUUGCUAAUAUAAACGGGACACUGAAAUCGGCGAUUUUGAGGAGCGGGAUGUGGGAAAUAAUCACUUAAACAAACCGAGAACAGAGAUGUCCGUUGACAAGAAUUUAUGAAGCAAUUGAUCUUUUCAGUCAUAAAAAGCACCAGGCACACAGGCUCUCUAUCAUUUAAGAGGCGGUCGGGCUACUUAACGACACCCUUCAGUAAUUGUGCGAGAAUGAAAAUUAUAUCAGAAGCGAAGUUACCAAUUUAUCAAAAAUCCACAAUGGCCCGCAGAGCUCAUGUAGAACGUGGUCUAAGACUUUUGCGUCAAUUGAAAUGCUUAACAGCGUUGAAAAGCCUCCAGCAAGUCUCAGAAUUAUACUAAUAUGAUGCUCUUAACCUGUUGAGUUACACGACACUGUAAAGAAUAUUCUUUCGGUUGUGCAUUACAAAGAUAAACUUUCCACGGUGUUAGACUACCCAAGGAACUUUGGAAAUGUAGCCUGACAAGGCUUAAUGAGGACAACCCAUUAGACGGCGUACCAUUUAACAGAUCCAAAUUCUUGGUAUCCUGUACCCGAACGUGCCAUGAUCCUGUCGGCCAUACCAGCAAUUCAACCGUUACCACCUGUGCCGAUGGCACCACAGAACAUACAGAAGAUGAGGGAUCGGGCGUAAACAUUUGUUGCAGCAGUGCAUUAGCUCUCUGUCAGACAGGAAACAAAGAUGGCAAGAGCUGGAACUUCCCGUCGUACCUCUAUUAGAGAGAAGUUCAGCAGGUCGAACCCGGGUCAGUCUCGGAUGCUCUGACUUCGAGAAGCAGCGAGAAAACAGCGGGAAACAAGACGGAGAGGAAGAUGGAAUAUUAGAAUACGAUUCCCCGAGUGAUGAUGAUGACAUUCCAUCUUUGGAACAAGAGGCUGAUUUUACCUCGGAAGAGGUUCCCGCCUCGGAAGAAGUGUUCGCUUGAAGAGCAGAAUUGUGUUCAGUUAAUUUGUUUUUAUCUCCGUUGUUAUGGAACUACAGGAUUGCCGUGACCUUUUGUGUUUUAUCCACUGUUUGAAAUUGGUUUUCGUUUCUUUGAUACUGACCUACCUAUACCCAUACGUUUUUCUGUGAUCGAAGUUUAAUGAGAGGAAGUCGCUACUGUGACUAGCGUGCGUUGUUCGUGCAGAACUUCUUAAAUGAACAAUAUCAUCAUCUUGGUGAAAAGAAAUAAACUCAUGCCUUACAAUGACUAUAGACUUAAACGAAUCAAUGCUAAUUAAGAAAAUCAUCACCCACCGGAAAGGCCGUUCUAAGUUUAGGAAAUGAGCGAAGACAAAAUUGUAUGAUCGGGAUCGGGAUUGGCCGGUAUAAACCGUCGGGACUACGGGAUUGAGAGAAAAUUUUAUUCGGGAUCGCGGUAUUGAAGAACCUUUUGGGGACCCUUAAUUAACACGGGAUUCGAAGAAUGGAAGCAUCAUUGAGAAUGAGAAAUGUUGGUUUGUCUGUGUUUUUAACGUGUAUUUUACCACGCUUUAUGAGAGACGUGAUAGAUGAAAGACAUCAGAUUACCUAUAGUAAACGUGUUACUCCUGCUGUGAACAUGGUGGAUAGUUGUUUGAGAGAAAAUGGAGUCCUGUGCACUGCAACACGACCUUGGUUAAAAUGAACGUGUUGCUGAGGGUCAUAUUACUGUUUUCUGUUAGCUUGCAGAAAUGAGAUUUGAGCUGGAUCAAACAUUCAUAGACACCCUGAAUAAAUUGAAUUUGCGGUGGAUGCGUGACCGUAUCUCAAGAAUGUGGCCUCGGUGGGUGGCAGCAGCCAAACAGUUCACAACAGAGGGAUCACUACGCAGGAAACAUCACGUCAAAAAGGUAGCGGUAAUUUGAGAGUAGAGUAUCGAGAGUCGAGUUUUGAUACACUCGAAGAACCUUGAUUUGCAUUUUCAAGGAAACGAUUUCAUUCUCCAACGCGAAACAUUAGCAAGGGAAAAGUUGACUAAGACGCUAUUUUUAACUCUUUCCAUAGAUUUUUAUUUUCCUCGGCACGUAUGCUUAUAACCCCAUGUUGCUGAAUAUGGCUUUUACCGGUGGACCUCUGGGAGAGAUGGUGCAGUGGAGCGAUCUGAUAGCGGCGUUGUACAUUUUGGGACAUGACGUGACAAUCUCCGUCAACUCUAUCACGUACCAGAGGUAAGUUUGAGUCAAGCAAUUUCAGUGCAAUUUUACAGCAGUUGGGAAUUGGUCUAGAAAACUCUUCUCGACCAAUCAAACGCAAAUCUUGUAUUGUUUUCUUCGAGUCGUGUGUUCUUUUUCUACACUCUGAUUGGUUCAGAGUUGUGAUUACAUGUACGUUCUCUGGAAUUGGAUUUACAACAUUUGAUUGGUCUUGUCUUUUUAGCCCUCGACUGGUCAAUAAUACUCGUGGAAUCUUCUUAACUCAUCAAAUGUUUAAGAAUAAAGCAGUAAGAAUUAAAUUGCCACUUUCUCACGUGCGUUAACCCCUUAGAGCUUUUUUCAGUUGAAAGUAAUCCGGCAUCGCUUUAGUCUUAAUUUACGCUGCUUCGUGAUUGCUCCCGAAGACUCUCGCGCCAUCCUCUCAACCAGUCAUAUGCAAAACUUAAAACAAUCGCGACUUUGUCAUUCACAUUUUCUCGCACCUCAAGGAGUUUGCUUCUUUCCACUAUGAGUCCUUAUGGGCUACUGAUGAUCUUGAUCUUUCUUCUGACGGAUCGCCUGAGAUCACUUUGGUUUUGGCUUUUCGACACUCAAUUCAAAAUUUCUCUGUCGUGUUUUAGAUACCGUUUCCUUGUGUUAAACUUGACUUCUCAUCGGUUACUUGUGAUGUUUACCUCUCGUUAUUAUCCACAACGAUUGCGUUGAUAUUGGAGCAUUUGAAGAUGUGUCCAUGUCGCAUUGUAUAAAUAGUAGCCUCCAAUUAGCGCGAAAAUAUGCACGGACAUUUGUCGGUAACGUGACGCGUUUAGACCAAUCGAGUGCUAGAAAAAAUAUCUUAUGGUUCAUGACAAUAUUUAUAUAAGUGAUUUCCUGUGCUUGUUUGCUUGGCACUUGUAUGUUUCUUUUUCAGUUAUAUGUCGGCUCCAAAGUUUCGUGGUUGUGCUGAUAUAUUCGAGCCUGAAUUUGACCUGAUUUACACAGACUACAAUGGGUUUACCAACAUGUUCAAGCACAUUACUCCAAAUUUGUCGCCUUAUAGGUAAGUGUAGGGGUUAGAGGUCAGAUGUAUGUUUGAACUUACUUGUUCCUUCGUUCCAUAGUUCUUUCGUUCCUUCGUUUGUUUGGUUGGUCAGCCGGUCGCUGGAACGGUUUUCCGUUAUCGUGUUGUUUUCGGACGGUGCCGUUUCCGUUCAUUAGGUCGGUCGUAUGGUUAUUUCGAUGGUUUCCGUUUUUGUUAUUUUAUUGCUUUGCACUUGUUUGUUGCCAGUUCGCCCUCAAUCUUUGGAUUUAUGCCAUAGUUACCCUUUUUUGAUUUUUUUCUUCAUAAACUGUUCAACUAGUCUUUGUCUCGCGUUUAAUGUGGGUACUUUGCAAUUCCAUUCCUAGAUGCCGAAUAAGAAUUCUUGAUACCUUUGGAACGGACGCACAGUUUAACUAUGGAACAUAUGAAGGCGUGAUACCUGGCGAAAAGACAGCGUGGGCGCGAGCUGAUAUCAAUCUUUGGCAGAUCAUGACAAUGUUUCGUAAGCGACUUUCCAUGCUGUUUAUUCAAGCUGCUUUUACAAAACUGAUUAAUAAUGUUAAUAAGACUGAGUGGAGUCAAAUUCGGUCCGUAAUCGUACGAGUGGUUAACAAAAUCCCCAGUUGAUCCUAACCAUUACACGUACAAUUAUCUUGUUUGUUUGUUUGUCUGUAUUUUUUUUACCCCUCCUUGCAACGCUUUCGGAUGCCCUCAAAUAGGAGCAACAAACAAAAGAUAAAACUACAAACAGUUGUACACUUGCGCGUAAAACGAGAAACGAAAACGAUUAUUAUAAAUCUGAAGGCGUAAGAGGUUUACAACCAAUUAGUAAGGAAUUAAAUUUGAUCUUUUCCUGUCUUAGAAGAACCGAGUCAUAAUCCCGCUCUCAGAAAAGUGAUUACUAUUUGCUCUUGUCAUCAGCUCAUAGUCCAGAUAACUUGUUUCUGGGCUUUGUGGUUGGUGAACCUAUUCCAGAAGACGUUAAACCAUUGAAGAAAAAACCGAUCGGACUCGUUUAUGGCAAAGAAGCUAGCUUCUGGCAGGUGAGGGUUUUUAAGCUGGUCCAAUGGCUCUCUAGCAUUAUUAAUUUUGUUCCUUCGAUCACCCAGGGAGACAUAUACAUAGAUUCUCAGAAAAAAGAGUUGGCAAUGAGUGUGUGCUUUGUUUUGGUGACGUGCCUGCAGCGAUCGCCAAGUUCACUCAACAAAUGGACUGUGUCAAAUAUUUUGACAAGUUACUAGAUAUUUAUUUGCAAAUUUUGAAAAAUGUUAUAACUCAAGGGAAAAUAACAGGCUUAGAGAGAUCAAGUUUGUAUAGGAUUCGCACGAUGAACACGGACUGCAAAUUUUAAACGACGCACAGUUUGUGUCCUUAGUGUUCUCCUGAGAAAACUUUCUAAUUAUACUCGUGCUGUAGUUUUUCGUUGUUGGAUGCCUGGAUGCCCAUCAACCUCACAAGGGAUAGAGAGGAUAGCGUCGGCACCCUUUUUUUUUUUUUACCAAGACGACUUUACGUGCAAUAGCCUCCGGUCAAAGCAAUUUCAUAUCCCCUCUCAAGAACUUGUUACACAGAAACCCUGAGCUUAAAGAAAAUCGUAUUAACGCUUUUAGAGAAGCACAAAAUAUCUGGAGGGAGACGUCGCUGCUACGUUAUUUAUUUAUUUAUUUAUUAGCGAUAUUUAUGCAGGCUGGCCCAGGUAAGCUUCAAGCUGGUUUGAAUGGGGGCUCGGCGCUUACUAGUAAAUGAAGCGAAGGAUUUGCUCAAAAGGGUCUUAGUUAUAAAACGAAACGUUGUGUGACACCUCAUAUAUAAGUUGUCGUAGGGGAUGACUGACGCGCAUGCCUGCAUGGCUACCCAUAUGCCAAUUCACCUGAAAUAAACAAACACGAUGUUACGAUAAAACAAAAAAGGAAAAAAAACGCCGAAACAAUCAAAGCAUCCUUUACUGUUGUUUGAUAACUAAGUUACAAGGUGAUGUCCUUGAAGCCUCCCUGUUCAAAGUUUCCCUUUAAUUUUUAUUUUUUGUAUCGUUUCUUCCUUUGCAGGGAAAAAGAGAAUACCUCGACACGUUACAUAAACAUUUAGAAAUACAUGGAACGUUCUCUGCUAUGUCGGUAUGUUUGUAGAGAUGGAAAAAUGUUGAUGGAAAAAAAUGUUUGAAGUAAAUAACUGAAGGCUGUAUGAUAUUGCUAACGACAGCGCCUCAAUAAGCUCUCUGUUUUUCUGCGUGAAAAGUUUUGCCCCCAUAUUUGAUAUCAUAUUGGAGACUAAAGUCUGAGGGAGAUAGAAAUUUCUAUCCAAGGUUGGGGGAUAGGUGAUUUUACCGUUGAUCGAACAUUACUGCUCAAUUGACGAUCUCGAUUGUGGAUUAGCCACUGGUGGUCACCAAUCUCACUUCAGGAGGAGAAGCAGUCCUGCUCCAAAUACUAGUCACAUUAUAAUACAGAUUGCAACUUUUACUUUGCCAAAAAUGCAUGUAUAAUAAUUUUUCCUGCAGAUUGUUACUAGUGAUUAAACUACUGGUGUCUUUUGUUUUCAGGAAGCAGAGAUCAAAGAAAAUAUUCCUGAGUACGUGAUAUCACAUGGCAUUCUUAGUAAACCCGACUUAGAAAAACUUUUACAGGAAACUAAGGUGAGCAUGUAGCGUGCAUACAGAGCAACCUCGAAUAAAGUAUAAUCCAACUUAGAUAUUAAUUUUGGGUUCCCAUAUUUACUCCAAAAUUGAACCCUCUUGAGACCCAAAUUGUCUCUGUUAAGCGACCACCUCAAGCAGCUUACUAUUAAUUUCUUUUCAUAUUUUAGGAGAAGUGUAGAAUUUUAAAAUCGAGUUCAGUCCGAGUUGUUGCGCAAACCAUAAACAUGCCAUCAACACAAGAGCCAGAGUUUUUGAAGAAGAAUGUUGUUCUGUUGAACUACUAACCAGAAUAAGGAAAACGCGCCUCAUUUGUCGACAACCACAUUUGCGAUCGACUUUCACUUGGAUUAAAAUAGAGCCUACAAAAGGAAAAAUAGGCUCAAGACGUUGGAUCAGUAGCCGACAUUGUUUUUGCGCAAUUUAAUAAUUACUCGCGGACAACCUGCGUAAACCAUGUAUACCCAACAUCAGUAUGCAUAUUCUCCUUACUGCUCUCUAUGCAUUUCGGUUCGAACAAGUAGAGGGUUUUUUUAACAAUUAAGAACUUCUCUAAUUCGUGAUCAUUUCCUUUUUAUCUCACAAUCUUAAUGCUUGAUUUAAUGAUCAUAUUUCAAGGAUGAGUAAAAGAGUUCAGGAGACAUUAGAAAUAAACGUGCAACAUUUCUUCAGAUAUUGACGGCGACGAUGACGUUAUUGAAGCCUUGUCUUGCCUGAUCAAAGCACCGAUGUCAUAUUUAAUCAUUUCAGGUGUUCAUAGGUCUCGGAUUUCCGUAUGAAGGCCCUGCACCCCUGGAAGCAAUAGCACAAGGAUGUAUUUUUCUAAAUGCCAAGGUAAUCAUUUAUGUAAUCGCAAGGAAAAAGGUUAUUUAAAGAGUGCUGUUAUUUGAAGUUUGAGAGUCUUUACCCUCAUUAUCAGUAUGGUCACUAUCAUUGUCAUCAUCGUUAUUAUUAUCGUUAUAAUUAUCGUUGUUAAAUGGAAUAAUAGAUAUGAUAAAUUUUUGAGCUUGGUAAAGAAGUAGAGAAAGAUGUUUUUCGUCUUGUCAUCAUCAUCAUUAUUAUUGACAUUGUUAUCAUCAUUGUUUUAUAUCUUAUUUUUAUUAUUAUUGUUGUCGUUAUUUUUAUUGUGUAGAGAGCAUUUUUUCCCUUUGUUAAUUUCCGAAUGUACGCAGAUAAAACAAAGAUGAUUUAAUUUUUUUCUGCAUUAUUAUGUGAUGUCAAAAAGUUCUUUCUCUUUAGCAAUUUGGCAUGUAGGUACGAUUUGGAUUUUGAUAAAGUUGUAUAUAGAUAACGAAAAUUUAAAAAGUACUAUUAUUAUUAUUAUUAUUAUUAUUAUUAUUAAGUAUUGUUUUGCAGUUUGACCCUCCGCAUAAUCGCCUCAACACAGGAUUCUUCAAGUUGAAACCAACUCUUAGAAACGUAAGAGACUGAGGUGAUAUUUUUGUUGGAUGAAGUCAGGUUUGCUAAGGCUUGUGCGGGAGUCUAAUAGAAGAGAUUGACUAUUUUUUCGUCGACGGGUGUGACUCAGAUUUGAUUUUCUGUUUUAUUACAUCCAUUUUAAAAUCACUUGUGAUCCUUGCAUUCUGAUUGGCUCUCGCAAUUUCGUGCACUAAAUCGCAUCUUUUUCCCAACAGAGACAGCUUUACUAAAAAAAAAAGAAAGAAUCACUCAAAUUUCAAGGCCUUAUUGGCGAAAUCAAUCAAAUUGCAGGAAAAUAAAAGACGACUUUUGCAAUAAUUUGCAAACCAGCUUAAUAUGUUGGAUCAAUACAAUUUUUUAGGACUAAAAAGAGUUGUGUAAAGCGACUCACUUUUGGCAUUUCAAAACAGAUGUAAUGUAAUGGUUGAUUUCUAAUUACACUUGCGCUGCGCGCUUGCUUGAUUUUGAAAUCCCGCGUACAAUUUCAGACCAACUUGCACUCCACUAAGUUCAAUAUCCAUAACUAAUCUGGGAAACAUUGCCGAGGGAAAUGUGUAAUCUUUUAAGCUUUUAUUUAUUGUUGAGCAACAGUAAUUUACCGAGGCUUUGCUGCAAUGUUAGUCAUUUGUGUUGUUUUUAGCUUACAUCACAGAAUCCUUACGCCGAAGUCUUCAUCGGAAAGCCACACGUGUUCACCGUUGAUAUUUCUAAUCUUUCACAUGUGGAAGAGGCUGUGAAGGAGAUGUUAAGAACUGAGGUAUUUACACCUUUGCAAAUGACGUGUCAGUUCUUCAUAUAAUAAAAACGAUAAUUCAGAAGAAUGAUGAGAUUGAAGGGGAGAUUGUGAUAGGGACAAUGUCGAUGUGAUAUCAAAAUCUUAGAGAGAUAUUAAUUUAAGGUAGCCUACAGAACAGGCGUAAUUUUUUCUCGUUUUUCACUCGAUCGGAGGAAAGGACGAGGCGGCGCGAAGUGCGAGUCACCCGCGAGGGUAGAAGCUGACGACUGGCUGGCUGGCUCUCUAAAUGAAUGACGAACGAACUGACUCGCUGUCCAGAGACUUGACGACCACAGUAGACUAUCGGCUGGUUCACGAACUGAAGGAGUGACUGAUUGAGUGACUUGCCGACUGUCUGAAUACUGACCUACCAACGGGCUGAGGGUUGACAAACAGAUUGACUGGCCAACUGGCUGUUUGUCUUAGUGGGUGGUUUGUGAAAGACUGACUGAUUAAACCUAGCCAAAUUUUUGUCUGAGUGACUGAUAGACUGACCUAGUGAGUGACUGAGUCACUGACUAAUUUGCUGACUGAACGUGUUAAGGUGUGAUUGACGGACUGAACCCUAAGCUGAUAGAUGAAAAAUUAGACCACCUGUUUGAUCGAUUAGAUUACUCGUUCUUGUAGGUCAAGCCUUACCUUCCUCAUGAAUGGACGCAUAAAGGCAUGCUGGAACGCGUGAAUGCUUUCGCAGAAUAUUAUGUGAGUACUUACGUUUGCACGUAGAUUGGCCAGUUGAGCUUAUUUGGCUCAACUAUUCCUGGCAUGCACAACUUAUCCCUUAAAGAGAGUAACUUUAAUGUACUUCCGGAAAGUAACUUCAUCAUAAUUCGGAAUAGACAUAGUUUUAAAAAAAGUUGUCCUUAUUAUCCACUCACUUUUAGAAAGAAACGUGCUAAUGAGGGAUUUUGAGAUCAUACUUUUAUAAUUUAUUAUAAUGUGAUCAAUGUUGAUAAAGAGAUUGACUGUUACUUUACCUAGUGAAGCAUGGAAAACUAGGAUGGAAAAAGGAAGGUCGACCAAAAAAAAAACCAAGAAAAAAGCAUGAAAAUUGUUGAUGGUUGACAGCAAACGGAGCAAAGGACUUGAACAGUCUCGAAGUUCUGUCUUGAACAAAUGAUGCACAGUUUUUGGGUUGUUGAUAAAUCCUGAGCGGUUUCCCUCAUACAUUUUAAUAAAGAAUUGCUCAGGAUGGGAUCGAAAAUUAUUGUGCUGGACCGACAAAGAAGGAUAAAAAUUAAUUUACAGAAUUGUCUUUUUUAUUUCCUUAGAACUUUUGUGAGCAUAUCGAGCGGUGGCCUCCAUUGUCAGAAAUGAUACUAUCAAUGGGUGCAGCUGGAAAAUCGUGCGUUGAUGUCUGCAAAGAACGUGGUAAGUCUUUUAUAUCUUUUCUUUUCAUAUUUUUUUUCUCCCGCUAAUCCUCUUACUAAGCUAGUCAAAGAGUUUCGCUAAGGGUGAAAAUCUUACCCAACGUAUGGACUGUUUAACCAAUUUCCCACCUCUGAAAGUUCAAUAAGCUCAUUAUCAUGUACUGUUUUGUUCUGUUUUUUUUCAGAAUCACUGUGUGAGCCGACCUUUUUUGUGGACAUUAACAGUACAGAAGAUCUUAAAAAGUAAGUCUUCUCCAUCUUUUUUAAGAAGCAUGAUUAUAGGGCGUUGAGACUCCAGAUUUAGCUGGCCGACUCGAGCAAAAAUAUCCUGUGCUAUUAAUAGGACAGUUGGUUAUUUUUACUAUAAUAAGGAGCGAGCGUUAUGCAAUACCUGUCGCAAACCGCUUCUCUAUUUGCUUCGGUUUCCCUGCCUUAUAAUAAAAGCUUAUAAGAAGUUUUGGUACUUAGUAUCGCUGAGUAUCGCAACUCAUUGUUUGUAUUUUGACUCGUAAAAAUUUUUUUUGCGAUAUUACUCACGAAAACUUCUAAUAUGAUAUACAUAUUGUCCUUCACAAGGUUUGGAAUGAAGUGUAGCGCUGUGGAGACCAAAGAGUCACUGUUAGCUCCAAGUUACGAUGUGUCAACCCACAUGUGCACGCUACAGAAACAGCCUAUCCUCUUUACAUGCGUGGCUAAAGAACCUUCUGCCAGACGCCUUUGUCCAUGCAGAGACUUUCAAACACAACAGGUGGCGUUUUGUAAACAGUGCCAUUAG